AUGCCCUCCCAUCCCAUCCCGACCACCUGUUACCGAACUCUUUUAGCGCCAUUAAUAGUCGGUGAGCCGUGCGAAGUGGUAAUAGUGGGGGAAGUGAUUGAGGGCCCGAACACAACACAAGAGUUUGACUGUUGGCUUAAAGCUAUGCAUGAGUUUCGACAAAGUGAACGGACCAGGAUCAAUUACACCGAUGCUAAUUACAAACUGGCUGAGUUACAGUGGGCACAGAGCAAUGUACUACAGCCGCAAAUGAUGGUUCACGACCGAGACUUUUACGAUUACACUACACAUGAAUAUACUGUCGAUAAAUACGUGAAUCGUCUGAAACAACGAUACGGUGGCAUAGAUUCGGUGUUGAUUUGGCCGAAUUACCCCAAUAUAGGGAUUGACAACCGGAAUAUGGAUGAUAUGAUCAGAGAUAUGCCCCAUGGAAUCGAUGGACUUAAGAAAAUGGUUUCCGACUUUCACCAGCAUAAUAUUAAAGUCCUAUUCCCGUUACAACCAUGGGACAUUGGCACACGCAAUCCCGGUGCCGACUGGUCAGUCGUCGUGCCCAAGACAAUGGCCGAAAUAGGUGCUGACGGUCUUAAUGGCGAUACAAUGCUUUCCGUCAAUAAGGAGUACUUCGAUAAUUCCGUUCGAGAUCUAAGACCACUUGUGUUGGAACCGGAAUGGGGUUUGAUUGACGAGGGGAUAGUAGCUCUGAGUUGGAAUGUCAUGUCGUGGGGCUAUAAAGACUAUUGGGACGUCAAAUCUGCGCGGCCAGUGGUCAGCAGAAAUAAAUGGAUUGAGACGCGUCACCAGGUUCAUAUAAGCGACCGAUGGUCGAAAUCAAAGAUCAAAUACCUUCAGAUGGCAUUGUUUAAUGGCGUGGGUCUGGAGACGUGGGAAAACGUAUGGGGGAUAUGGAACCAAAUGACUGAUCGGGACUGUCAGGCCACCAAAAUGUCAAUGGCCGGGAACGGCAAAUACAAGCCUGACUUUGUGGACAUUAAUUAA